CAGUUCUAAUGGAUGCAACGCGCCUCGAGAGGGGGGCAGUGGCGCGGGAGGGGUCACGGGUGCGUAUAAAAGUUGAGCGCACCGCACCACCGUCACAUUCACUCGUGGGCUUCCAGCAGUAGCUCGCACCAAGUGGAGCCAUGAGGUACCUGAUCAUCGUCGCCGCGGCGCUGCACGUGGUUCUGGGAGGCGUGAGCCAGGUGGCAGUGCGCCUGCCCUUCCUCAACCCUGCCGGAGUCACCUACCUGAACGGUCCCGCGCCCGCCGGCCUGGCCGCCGGUCCCGUGGGCUACGCCGCCGCCGGCCCCGCCGCCGUCGGCUACGCCGCCGCCGGCCCCGCCGCCGUGGGCUACGCCGCCGCCGCCCCCGCCGCCGUCGGCUACGCCGCCGCCGCCCCCGCCGCCGUCGGUUACGCCGCCGCCCCCGUGGCCGUGCCCACGGUGCACCACGUGCCCGGUGUGGCCGACGUGCCCGUCACCCGCAUCGAGGCGCAGCCCGGCGUCGUGCAGCAGCAGAUCGACGUCGCCCACCCGGCCGUGGCCACCCGCAAGUUCGAGGUGCGCCGGCCGGCCAUCCAGAAGCAGUUCUACGACAUCGAGGAGCGCGUCGUGAUCAGGCCUGCGGGCUCCGCUCUGGUGGAGCUGGACGAGCCUACCAGCCGGCUGCAGCGCGGACCCACCGUCGUCAGCCCCGUGGGCCCGGGAGCCGCCGUCGCCGCCGGACCCGUCGUCGCCGCCCCCGCUGCCAUCGCCGCCGCCCCCGCCGCCGUCGCCGCCGGCCCCGCCUACGCUCCGGUCGUGGCUGCCACCCCCGCCCCCGUGUUCGUGUCCUCGACGCCCGCCCCCGCGCUGGGCGCCUACCCCGGCCCGGGCGGCCCCGCCCCCGGAGCUCCCGCGCAGUUCGAGAGCGACGACUCGAUCUCGGUAGAGAACCCCGAGUUCUCGGCUAGGGCCGCGGCAGCCGCCCAGCAGCAGUACGAGUCGCAGCAGCGCGCGGCCGCCGCCCAGCAACAGUACGAGGCUCAGCAGCGCGCGGCGGCUCAGCAGCAGCAGUACGAGGCUCAGCAGCGCGCGGCGGCUCAGCAGCAGCAGUACGAGGCUCAGCAACGCGCUUCGGCUCAGCAGCAGCAGUACGAGGCUCAGCAGCGCGCGGCGGCUCAGCAGCAGCAGUACGAGGCCGAGCAGCGCGCCGCCGCCGCCGCGCAGCACCAGGCCGCCGGCCCCCUGCCGUCGCCGCAGCCCGAGAUCCGCACCAACGGCGCCCCCCUCGAGCAGAUCGCGCGCGCUCAGCCGCUGGCCGGCCCCGACGUGGUGCCGUCCCUGCGCUCCAUCCACCCCGAGGAGAACCAGGCUAACCAGCAGCGCCUCAUCCAGCUGCUGACGGCCCGCGGCGGCGUUACCGAGGUGGGCUUCGGCCGCGCCGGACCCGCCGGCGCGCCCGUGGGCGACGCGGGCAAUGUGCGCGCGCGCGUGCUGUCCGCCACGCCCGCGCCGGCCUUCGCCGCCCCCGCAGGUGAGCGCGUCUCCACCCGGCGCGUCGUCGUGUCCCGUCCCAUCGAGACCCUGCAGGAAGUGGACGUGAUCGAGCCCGUCACCAAGCUGCACCGUGUCGCCGUCAACACGCCCACGCUGUUCAAGACGGUGCGCCAGGACAUCGCCAGGGUGCCCACCACCGUGCCCGUGCUGGGCAAGACCAUCGCCCACGCCGCCGUGCCCGUCGGUCUCUACCACUGAGCGUCCCUCCCACUGCCGCCGCAACCUUACACACAACACGGCGGUUUUACACUUCCCUCUUCCGAAUACUCCCAGACGGCCACGGCACAAACUCGUGUGCGGAGACGCAUUUCCUUUUCUGCGGUAACACCGAGAUCUAGUGAAAAUCACUACACGAGAAACAUUCCCUGACAACUGAAUUUCUUUCACUAAAUCCGUCAGUCUCGCGCGUAGCAAUCUAUACGAGUCAGUAUAGAGACAAAUGGUGCGAUCGUAAGUCUACACUACAACUCUAAGGAAAAAUCCGCAGCCUCCAAUAUCUGAAGUCUGCCGAGAUUUUCUCCUCCUUUUUUCUCUUCAACUGUAAUGCCCCAGGCGUCAGAGCAUCUGUCGUCUCCCUCUCCUACACACACACACACACACACACACACACACACACACACACACACAAUCGCCAAACCUUGCCAUGUCGAUUCGUCGCGCUUUUCUUGCCCACUGUGGAUCCGCAAAAUGCAGCAACUGUUCUGGGAGUACUGUAUGUACUAUUUCACUGUGCCUACAAAAAUAUUCUAGCUCUUCCUUUAUACAGACCUACUUAUUGAAAAUUCUUCAGACUACGCCCCUCUCGAACCUUUUUCGCGUUAAGUUCCCCCAGCAUCACCGUAAGUAGGAAAAAAAAAUAUUCUUACCAGUUUUAAUAUCUGUGUGAAUGCGUGUCAAACUUUUUUUACUGCACAACACAUGAGAACGAUACUGAAGUGAUAUUAGUGUUUAUUUAUAUACAUUACAAUGAAAAUAAAGCAAAUUUGUGACUA